UGUGUUUCAGAUGGUGGGGCAUUACUCUACUCUCCAGAAUACUAACGAGGGCCUUUGUCACAGAUCUCUUUCUCUCUUUGCCCCUUUUCCGCUCUCUCGCUGCUCCUUUCACAUACACACACACGCGCGCAUACACACACUUGCACACUCUUGAUUUUGUCAAUGGCGCCUUUUGUUCCUUUCAUCUCUGUCCCAAACAAAGCAUUCUUGUGUACGCAGGACGGAAAGAGUGAGGGAGAGAGAAGAGAAGGAAAGAGAGAGAAAGAGACAGAGACAGACGAAAACAUGCAACACGCUUUUAUAGUUUAGCGAAGGCAAAGUUUUGAUUCUGUGAAAGGGUCAGCACUACGUAGACCACGAGAGCUCAUCUGUUACCAUGGAGAUGGAAUAUAUCCUGCUGGAAAGAUGACAUCCGCCACACCCCCUUCCUCCCGUAGCUCCUCCCCCCAGAAGGUGUGUCACUCCCAGACGCAAACGGACAUACUGAAGCCCCUGUUGGGCGGCGGGAGCUCGGGCGGGGGCGGGACCCUGCGGAGGAGGAGGCGUGUGCUCUCCAAGGAUGGGCGGAGCAACGUGCGCAUCGAGCACAUCAGUGGGCGGAGCGCCCUGUACAUACGUGACCUCUGGACCACCUUCCUGGACAUGCAGUGGCGCUACAAGUUCUUUCUCUUCACGGCCACCUUUGCCGGGACCUGGUUCCUGUUUGGGAUGUUGUGGUAUCUUGUGGCGUUGGUGCAUGGAGACCUAAUUGAGUUCGACCCACCGUCCAACCACACCCCCUGCGUGAUGCAGAUGCAGACCCUCACGGGAGCCUUCCUCUUCUCGCUGGAGACGCAGACCACCAUUGGCUAUGGCUUCCGCUGCAUCACCGAGGAGUGUCCCGCCGCCAUCAUCCUCCUCAUCCUCCAGCUGGUCAUCACCAUGGUGAUGGAGAUCUUCAUCACUGGAACCUUCUUGGCAAAGGUGGCUCGGCCAAAAAAGAGAGGUGAGACCGUCAAGUUCAGCCAGCACGCCGUGGUGUCCAGUCACGAGGGCCGGCCCUGCCUCAUGAUCCGGGUAGCCAACAUGCGCAAGAGCCUCCUGUUGGGUUGCCAGGUGAGCGGGAAACUGCUCCAGACGUCCCUGACCAAGGAGGGGGAGACGGUGCGUCUGGACCAGAGGAACGUGCCCUUCCAGGUGGACAUGUCCAGCGACAGCCCCUUCCUCAUCCUGCCCCUCACCUUCUACCACAUCAUCGACGACCUCAGCCCCCUGAGGGCCUGGGCUGCCAAGGGUGGUGGAUGGACAGAUCCGGACCUGGCUGACUUUGAGCUGCUGGUGAUCAUGAGUGCCACUGUGGAGCCCACCUCAGCCACCUGCCAGGUGCGCACCUCUUACCUCCCCGACGAGAUCCUGUGGGGCUACGAGUUCCCCCCCGUGGUCUCCCUCUCCCCCUCUGGGAAGUACGUGGCCGACUUCGCCUUCUUCGACAAGGUGGCCAAGACCAAGACCACGCCCAUCUUCAAGUCGUCCUCGUCGGGCUCCCCACACCACGGUUACCAGGGUGGGGGAGGCGGGGAGGGUGCGGACCCGGAGAAGAUCCGGCUGGAGCAGAGCUACCGGGAGAGGGGGGAGGAAGGGGGGGGGGGGCAGGGGGAGGGUGAGAGACAGUAGCCCGCUCAGCGUGCG